CGGCGGCGGCAGGGCCGGGCGCGCUGCAGGGCUGCCCGGCCGCGGGGCCGCCAUGCCCGCCAAGUCCAAGUACAACCUGGUGGACGACCGGCACGACCUGCGCAUCCCCCUGCACAACGAGGACGCCUUCCAGCACGGCAUCUGCUUCGAGGCCAAGUACAUCGGGAGCCUGGAUGUGCCGCGGCCAAACAGCCGCGUGGAGAUCGUGACGGCCAUGCGGCGCAUCAGGUAUGAGUUUAAAGCCAAGAAUAUCAAGAAGAAGAAAGUGAACCUCAUCGUGUCGGUGGACGGCGUGAAGGUCAUUCUGAAGAAGAAGAAGAAGCUUCUUUCAUUGCAGAAAAAAGAAUGGGCCUGGGACGAGAACAAAAUGCUUGUCAUGCAUGAUCCCAUCUACAGGAUAUUCUAUGUAUCUCAUGACUCCCAGGACCUAAAGAUCUUCAGCUACAUUGCCAGGGAUGGAUCUAGCAAUGUUUUCAGGUGCAACGUCUUCAAGUCCAAGAAGAAGAGCCAAGCCAUGCGCAUCGUGCGGACGGUGGGGCAGGCGUUUGAGGUGUGCCACAAGCUGAGCCUGCAGCACACCCAGCAGAACGCCGACGGCCAGGAGGACGCAGACAGCGAGAGGAACGGGGACGACCUGGACGUCCCAGCCUGCCGCCUGUCCGGCGUGGAGAGAGCGGCUGCCUCCGCCGAGGAGACCGACAUCGACGCCGUGGAGCUGCCGCUGCCCGGAGCCGACAUCCUGGACUUCAGCCGCGGCGUCACUGACCUCGACGCUGUGGGCAAGGAGAGCUGCCUCCACCCUGAAGAUAUCCUGACAGCAUCACCCAAGAUGCUGCUGCCCUCAUCUGCCCAGCUGCCCGAUCUGGGAACACCCCUCUCUGCCCACCACCAGAUGCAGCUUCUCCAGCAACUCCUGCAGCAGCAGCAGCAGCAGACACAAGUGGCCGUGGCACAGGUCCACCUGCUGAAGGACCAGCUGGCAGCAGAAGCAGCGGCACGGCUGGAGGCCCAGGCUCGUGUGCACCAGCUCCUGCUCCAGAACAAGGACUUGCUGCAGCACAUCUCACUCCUGGUCAAACAGGUGCAGGAGCUGGAGCUGAAGCUGGCAGGGAACACGACCACAGGCUCCCAGGACAGUCUGCUGGAGAUCACCUUCCGCUCCAACGCCCUCCCCGUGCUCUGCGACCCGACCACCCCACAGCCCGAGGACACCCACCCGCCGUCGCUGGGCCCCAGCUCGGCCUUCCCCAGCUCCAUGGGCAGCCCCAUAGUGACACUCUAUGGCGUGUUCACCAACCACUACUCUGCCAAUGGCCCGUCUCGCUGUCUGCUCCUGGAGCUGCUGGACAUCAGCGUGUCCGAGCUGCUGCUGCACUCUAGCAACCAGGGCUGCUCCAUGUGGAUGAUCCAGCACUGCGCCCGAGAUGUCCUGGAAGCCCUGGCUUUCCUGCACCACAAAGGCUAUGUGCACGCAGACCUCAAGCCACGCAACAUCCUGUGGAGUGCAGAGGAGGAGUGCUUUAAGCUCAUUGACUUUGGACUUAGCUUCAAAGAGGGGAAUCAGGAUGUGAAAUAUAUUCAAACAGACGGGUAUCGGGCUCCAGAGGCAGAACUGCAGAACUGCCUGGCACAGGCAGGGCUCCAGAGUGAGACAGAGUGUACCUCUGCUGUGGAUCUGUGGAGUCUGGGAAUCGUUUUACUGGAAAUGUUCUCAGGAAUGAAACUGAAACAUACAGUCCAAUCUCAGGAAUGGAAGACAAACAGUUCUGCCAUCAUUGAUCGCAUAUUUGCCAGUGAGGGGGUGGUUAAUUCAGCCAUUCCAGCUUAUCACCUCAGAGACCUUAUCAAAAGCAUGCUUCAUUGUGACCAAGGAAAACGAGCCUCUGCUGAGAAGGCUUUAUGCAGCCCAUUCUUCAGCAUUCCUUUUGCUCCCCAUAUUGAAGACUUGGUGAUGCUCCCCACACCUGUCCUGAGGCUGCUAAAUGUUCUGAGUGAUGCUUCUCUGCAGUGUGAAGAAGAAUAUGAAGAUAUCCUGGAAGACAUAAGGGAGGAGUGUCAGAAAUACGGACCAGUGGUUUCCUUGCUUAUUCCAAAGGAGAAUCCUGGUAAAGGCCAAGUCUUUGUUGAAUAUGCAAAUGCUGGUGAUUCCAAAGCUGCCCAAAAAAUGCUGACUGGAAAGAUUUUUGAUGGCAAGUUUGUUGUGGCUACGUUUUACCCACUGAGUGCCUAUAAGAGAGGAUAUCUGUACCAAAACUUGCUGUAGGCAGUAGCAACAAUCAGGAGAGUUGUCUUGCUCCUCCUCUUCCUCACGUGUUUUACAGUUGAAUGUGCAAAAGAGCUUCCUAGCCCUGCUUCCGAGUCAUCUGUGAAGGAGAGGUGCAAAGGACUUGAACGGGCUUAGAAACUUUCCUGCUGCUUUGUGAUGUGCUGAGGAGGCCUGGCCGCUUUCAGCCUUGCUUGUGUGUGUGCUGUGCUUGCUCAUUUACAGGGGGUGUGGCUCUGCCCGGGGGCAGGAGUGCGGACAGGGGGAGCCCGGGAGGCCCAGCAGAUCCUGGCAAGGGCUUCUCGGUGAAGUGAGACCAAAGUCUUGGCCUUAGCGCUGGGCUUGGCUCUGGGGAGAGCAUUUCUUUGUUAAGCUUUCCCGUAACCAAAUCCUCUUCUCCUGUGUUGGAGGAAGAGGAAGGCUUGCCUGCUUUUUGUUGAUACUGUUAUAAAUAGAGAAGCAGAAACACCAUCCUCUCUCUAAACCAGACCAGGAGGACUUUUGAGUCUUCUCCUGACAUAGAGCAGAGAGAGGCAAUGAAAUUGGAUCUGCCGAGCCUGUGGGGUUGCCCUGUCCUCGUGACCUGAGCAGAGCCAUGCAGCUGAUGCUGGGCUGGGCAGUGACGUGUGGGUGAUGCUGCCUGUGGGGAGCUGAGCUUGCUUGUUUGCCUGGGGUGGGCUGGGACUGUUGGUGGAGACCUGGUCAGAGCAGUGCCAGCCUCAGUCCCAACACAACCUGUAAGCACUUUGUAGCCUGAGUAGAUGUGAAAACCCCGCCGUGUGGAUUCAUCUUUCUAGCACAUAGCCUGUGCUGGCACUGAUGCUCCCUAGCUCUGAUGCCAAAUCAUCUGUGAUAUGUAAGCGUCUUUCGGUGAUAUUUUUGGAAAGGUGUGCUACAGCACACAGUAUUCUUUGUGUCACUCCUGCCUUGAGAGUCUUAUAAGAACAAAUAUUUGUCCGUUGUAGGUCCCACGCUUGGCUUUUCUGUGUUGUGCAUUUUGGUUUUGCAUUAACCCAUUAAGACUUGUAGAUUAGAAGCACUGACACUUUUGGUCCUUCAAAGGUUACAAAAAGGGCUUGAGGCAAUCUGAGAUCCUGUAUGGAAAGGGCUUAAGGAGUCAUCAGACUGGACUGGCCCGCAGAAGGUCUUUCACAGUGUCAGGAAGACACUGUGGUGAGCAGCAUCACUUCCCCCCAGAGCAUGCUCUGCUCCCCUGGCUUCAGUCAGCUGCUGCCAUGGGGCAGGCAGAGGCUGUUUGCCAGGGAUUUCCAAACCCAUGCACCUGGCAGAGCCUCUCCCUCCAGGGUGGGCACUCUGCUCCUGAUGGGCACAGUGUGAAACAGCCCUGUUUAGAGAGUCACCAGUGUAUUCUGGCUUGUGGUCUUGGUCUCAGUUUUAGUGAGGAGGAAAGCCCUCCUGAAUUCCUUUCUUAGACAAAAUACUUGCGGACAGCUGCCUGAACCAUCCCUGACCUUCCCUGGAAUAGUACCUGAAUUACCUUGCAGUUUACUGUUUGCAUCUUGCUGAUGCUGGACUUGAUGGAAUCCUAUAUUUAAAAAGUUCCUCUUGAUUUUUUGCCCUGUGCAUGGUGUGUCAGGAGAUCCAAUGUCUGUAGCAUUUCAUGAGUCUGAGUUGCUCUCUGUGCUGGUGUAUAGUGCUGUCUACUGUGGCCCUUACCAAACUCCCUCAGAAAGGACCAAUCUCUGAAUUCUUCUGUUGCCUUUGGGAUGGUGGGCUUGCCAGGGAAAAGAAAAAAAAUAAAAUCCCACAAUGAGUUUUAAGGUGUGAUUUGCUGAUCAGAUUUUUCUGGGAAUGCUGCUGCUUUGGUGUACAUAGCUGUUCAGCAGCCUUUGCAUGUGUGGGGUGUGUGAUUCAUUGCUUUUAAUUUAACCGUCCUUUGAGUGAAGCACCUUUUAGUGUCUGGGAGGAAUUGAAUGGUAACUGGGGGAAGGUUUUUCCUGUGUGGAGAGCAGUGUUUGAAGUAUGGUUGGGUCUUGGAUGACCUCUUCAGCUCUGCAUUACUGCUGUCCCCGUGGGUUGAGCCAGGGGUCCAGACACGCACGUGUUGAAUGCCACCAUGGCAGCAGCAUGGAGCUGGCAGGAGCAGACCCCAAAGCUCCUGCUCUGCUGAAUGCCCGCCCAGGUGGGGCCACAGGGAGCUCCCCUGGGUGCAGGGUGUGAGGUCUAUCACCUACAGCAACACUGGGACAGGGAGAUGCUGGGAUGUGGCUGUGGAACUUAAAUGUGUUCAAAGUUCUCACAUCAUUUGUCUAGGACUGUGAGCUGCUCUGUCAUCUUUCAAGCACAACUUUUUCAGUCAGAAUUCUUUCAGUUAGAGAUAGAGCUGUGCCAGGAUUGAUCUUCAGAGAGGAGCUACAGCCUAUUCCUGCAGCAUGGCAGCUCUUCCACCAGAGCUUGGCCGGGGUUUUGCUCAGCUUCUUUUUCAGGGGCUAAAUAAAUCCUCAUGAUGCAAACUCCUGCUACCAGACAUUUUUCUCCAGAUGUUCAUUGACCAGGCUUGAGCACUGAGCUGGGUAAAAAAACCCAAAGCUGCUUUUCGUUAUAUUCCUCCUGGCUGAUUUCUGUCCUGUCACUGGAUCCACCCUUCUGCAGGCUGUGGGGUACAGGGAGGUUUAGAAGCAUUGUAUUGUUUCUCCUCACACUCUGCCUUCAAAGACUUUUUCUAUCAAGAUGAAGCUCACUCUGGUGUCUCAGUGACCUGUUGGUGUCUUGGCAUAAGUUUUAGCCCUGCUAAAACCUUUGAGUUCCUUAACUCUAGAUUGUAUCUGAAGUGUGCAUGGUGAUUCAGUCCAAGGUGCCUGCUGUGGUGUGUGGGAUGGGCCUGGCUUUCCUUGUCUCCAGAUUACUGCUUGCUUGAGAUGCCCAAGUGUUGAGGCUUUCUCCUCAGAUGCUCGCUGGGUUUCCUGGUCUGUGCUGCUCCCCCCCAAUAACCCUCGGUGUAGCACCGACCUACCUAGUCCUACCGUAGCUGUAGGGUAACUGGUGUUUAAAUCACUGGCCAAAGCACAAGUCAGCUCCAAUCUUAGCUAUAUUCCUAAUUUUAUUCUCACUGGUCUUCACCUCGUAACAAGGUAGCCUGAGCACCGUGUUGUAGGCAGGUUCUUUCCAGAGGGUUCAGUACACUUCUUGCUGCUGUGCCGGAUCCUGUAACCACGUGCCUCCCUUCGGGUUAGCUGUCAGUUGUUGUAUCCCGUCACGCACCAUUUCUGAGCAGAUGUGUGCUUGGUACAGGUGAUUAAUAAACCAUGCUUCAGUACGA